CACUUGCAUCACAAACUCCAAGUACCUCCCUAACAUCUAAUUUACCUGUUUCCAAACCUUCACAACCAACUACCGUUAUGGUGCAUAGUGGAAUUAAACCAGAAUUAUACACAGAAGAACGACAUCUACUUGUGCAGUCUGGUUUGAAAGCAGAUAAUAAUAAAAAAAUAAUACCCCAGGGAGUUCCAUGUCACAGAUGCUGCAAAACCUUUUCAGAUAACCGUAGUUUACAACGGCACAUGCUUGUGCAUCGUGGAUUCCGGCCAUAUCGUUGCACUUAUUGUCCAAAAGCCUUUAUGCUAAAUGGUGAUCUGAAACGUCAUCUUAGAAUUCACAAUGGUGAGAGACCCUUUGCUUGUGAAGUUUGUGGACGGCGAUUCACUUUAAAAGGAAACCUAAUGCAACAUUUCCGAACUCAUACACCAGAGAAACAGUUUACUUGCACAAUUUGCCGCAAAAACUAUGCACAAAAAGAUAGCCUUCAUCGUCAUAUUCGGGCACACUUUGGUGAAAAACCUUAUGAAUGUUCAACUUGUGGUAAGAGGUUUAGCUUGAAAGGAGAUUUGAGCAGACAUAUUUUAAUUCAUAGUGGGCUGAAACCUCAUGCAUGUAUAGUUUGUGGAAGAAAAUUUGCUCUUAAAGGAAAUCUGACCCAACAUUUAAGAACUCACAACAGGGAAAAGCCUUCAGGCAAGAACACUGGUAAAGGACCUGGUUUGGGAAAACAAAAUGCAGCACCUUUUGAGGCAUUUCAGAGUUUAGCUAAUGUUUAUGGUAUAGCUUAUGGUGGAGUGCAACAACAAAGCACUUACUCUAGUGUACAAUCUAUUUCUGCUCAGUUAGAGAUACCAGCAGUUAACUUAUCUACUUCUCUUUCUACAUCUCAUGCUCAAACUUCUUCAAGUGGGUCACAUUUUAAUCCAGCUCAGUCACCACCAGAAAGGGGUUUUUCCUUUUGUUCUGAAUGUUCUAAAACAUUUUCUACAGUGGCUAAAUUACGUGAGCAUGUGAAAAUGACACAUGAGCAGUCAAAACCUCCUGGACUUAAUACACAGGUGUGUAAUUACUGUGGAAAGGAAUUUUCAAUAAAAGCUGAGUUAGUUCGUCACAUGAGUUCUCAUUGUGUUGAAAAACCUUAUGGAUGUCAGUUCUGUUCAAAAACAUUUACAUUGAAGGGAAAUUUGCAUCAACAUCUCACCACUCACCGAUUAGGUAAAUCUUUCUUCUGUUCAAUGUGUGAUAAACCUUUUGGAAAUCAAAGGAACCUGAAACUACACAUGAAGCGUCAUGAGACUGCUCGGGCUAAUUUUGCUUGUACAAACUGUGGCCGUGCUUUUUUAGCAAAGUCAGACCACUUUUUCCAUCACUGUAAAGUGGAAGAGAGAUGUGAAGCAAAAAUUAACAGUGCUGUUUCACAAGCUGGCUUCUCUACAGCUAAAAACAUAAUAUCAUCUAAUGCAGAGAAUGAUCAACUGUCAGGUUUACCUGCAUUUUCUUCAACUUCUCCUCUUUCACUGUCCCCUCCAGUAUCAAGUUAUGGAAGUACUUUAAAGAGUAACAGUCAAGCUCUUGAAGCAGCCAAGUCUGAAGCAAUGGAAAAUUCUCAGUGCAUGAUUUCUACGUGUUCAGCCAUACAAUCAGAAAAUGUCACCAUACCAACAAAUGCACCUGCAAAUGGAUUACAGUCAUUCAUGGGUCCAAUUUAUCGGCACCUGUAUUUUAACAGUAGUUAUCAAGGCACCAGGAGAAAGACAGUUUGCCCAUGGUGGUUCAGUCUUCAGUUCAAGAUAACUUUAAUAAUGAUAUAGAAAAGGAUCAGUCAAGAUUAUCAUCAGCAACAUCAAGCGUCUAAUACAGCUUAUCAUAUGCCAACCUGCAAUAUGUGUGUAACUCUUGUAUCAGAAUUAACAAGUAACAGUUGAUGAUCACAAUCAUGUACUAUUUUUAGACAUGAAUCAUUUGUAAGUAUGUGUAAUUUGUUUAGAUUGAUCUGUAAAAUUGGCCUUUCUUUCACUGUUAAGUGUUUAUUCAUAUAUACUGUAUGAAUAAUGUACUGUAUACUGUAGUUGGACAUAUCUGUAGUAUUCCCUGUCUAUAUUCUGCUUGUAAAGUGUCUGUGGAAAGGAUUCUUAUU